UUAUUCCACGUUACUGUGUUGCGCGUGAGAAAACAGCAACGAGUGCAGUGCGCGUGCGUGGUGGCGAGAUGGCGGACUUCGGUUGUCUCUUACAUAAAAUGACAUUUGUUUAUACCGUCAACAAAUCUAUUACGAGGCAAAGGUUCUGUCGCCAUGGAUACAGCGCAAGGCGGCAUGCGGCGGUGCAAUUGGAGCGAUCAUCCGGCGUUGAUUAAUGGAGCCCCGGGCCGCUCCUUCUCAGCUCGCCUGGCUGUCGCAAAGCUUGGUUACAGCGAGUAAAAAUACACCGCUGCUCGCACAUUAGUGCGCGCCGUGAUAUUUUUGGGAACUUCUCCCACUCGCGUCGGGGUGGCCACUGACCGCGGCCCCGCAGCUCCGCGAGGUGCGCAAGGAGACGGCACCGUGCGUCCCCGGAUUUGGACAACGUGCGCAGCGCGCAGGGACGUCUCGGCCAGAAGCGUUUGCAAACGGGACGCCGUGGGGACUCCUGGCACGAGAAGGACGCCUUGACCGUGUCUCUGGGAGGACAUGGACAGGAUAUCAUAAGGUCCCGCCGCGUCUCCGUGCGUGCGGCGCGCGCUACUGCGCGGCAGACGGGAGAUUCGGCCCGGUUUGGAUAAUUAGCCGCUCACCGACCGAACAACAAACGGCGAAUGUAUGCUCAGCUGUGUCAUACACGUGCAAUGGAUACCCUGGCUUUUAAAGUUAUUGUUUUCUUUUAAUGUUUCAUUUCAAUGCGCUGGGACAAUGUGGAGUGCGUUUAUGAACGGCCCGGGUCUGCCCGGCGGGGGCGGAGCCGGUGGCGGCUUGGUCCCGUCGCAGGGAUGGGAGUUUGUGCCGUGCGCCGGGAUGGAGAGGCCGGAUAGAGGCUGCGGGAAGAGUCGCAGCCCGUUGAGGAGUAUCUCCUCUCCGCCCGCCGUCUUCAGCCACAUCUACGAGUCUCAGUUGGGUGCUUCACCGGGUGGAGCAGAAGGUGGAGCAGGGACACAGCUUGAGAUCCCCAGGGGACAAAUGUGGCCUGGUGCCGAACCUCAGCAGCAGCAGCAGCAAACACAACACACUCGGCUGAAAAAGAAACUUGAGGAUUUGAAAAAGCGACACGUUCAGGAUAAGGAAGGAUGGACGCGGGAGAAGGAAUCAUUGUUGAGAGAAGUAGCUGACAUACAAGGAGGAGAGAACAGGAGGAUUCUGCUGGAACUGAAGACCGUUUUGGAGGAAGUGCAGGCGGAGGUGAAGAAAGAGGAGGAGAAGAGGAGCGAGCUCCAGCUGCAGUACACCAGAGACCGAUGUGCCUGGGACCUGGAGAAGGCAGAGCUCAAAUGCAGGAUCGCACAGUUGGAGGAUAGAGAAGGUGCCGGGUUGAUGAGCGGUGCGGCGCAGUCGGCAGCGGAUCCGAGCUCUGCGGCGUCACAGAGCGGCCUGAGGCAGCGCGGCGAGACACCAACGCUCCGCCGGGAGAGGGAAGAGCAGCGGAGGCUCCUGGCCGACACGCACUCAACAGCCAUGGACCUGCGCUGUCGCAUUGAGCACAACGAGAGGGACUGGUCGAGGGAGAAAGCAGAGCUGCUGGACAGAUUUGACGUGGAGAGGAGGGAAUGGGAGCGUCAGCUGAAGGAUAUGCAGAGGAAAAUAGAAGAACUGUACUGUGACGUGAGAACCAAGCGAGACGUGCAGGGCAGUGGGAGGCAAGGGGUCAAUGAGGACGUACACAGGCUGAGCGUACGCUCCACCAGCACCGGCUCCAGUCUGCUCAGCGACAACGAGCCGCUCAGCAGCGGCAGCAGUCAGUCACCACCAGUCGGACACCCGCCUUUCCCUGGUUUUGGUCCCAACGCGGACAUAUGGGGCAGUGAUUUUAUCGGCAGAGAUGGUCACCGCUCCAGCUUCCUCCCCGCAGACGGCCUUUGUGGAUAUGAUGUUGGGGGUCCGACCAUUCAGGAAGACCGCUCGAACCGUGAGCUGGCGAAGGAGUUAAGUUCCACUUGGCAGCAAGACUCGGCCCCUGAUGGCAAAGAAGCCACGGGUGCAUUAGAGCGGCCUGCUAUGUUUCAUGGAGCGCCUGGAUGUGUAGUGCCACAGAAAAAUGUCUCCGACUGUGAACAAAACAUUAUCCAUGUUCAUCCUGAAGCCAGCGACAAGAAGAACACCACUGCCCUCAAUGCUGCUCUCAAGGAGAUCGCCCGUGCAAGUGAGGAGCUUUGCAGCUACCAAGAUGAGAUCAAAAAGAAGAGUGUAGAUAAGAGGAAUCGAACCGAAGCCCCGAGCCUCUCUGAGGAGAAAGGGAUGUUGUUUGGCCAUGACAAAACCUGGCUCGAGGUCAAUCACGCUCCUUGCGACCUGAGUCAGAUUUACGAUGACCUUCGGGCCUUGGAGAAGGAAAACUGGUCACCAGAAAACACCUGGAGGGCAGAUAGAGAGUCAAUCAAAUCCUCGACAGCAAACGCUGCAGAUCCAGAGAGUCGAAGAGAAACAAAGACAAGCCCUGGAUUAGUCUCAGAGAGCGAUGCAGCAUGUCCACCCGUCCCUCCACGCUCCUCCUCCUGCAAUCUGAGCUCCUCCCUUUAUCCAGACACGGAACUUUACAUCCCAGAGUCCCCCGUCACGACAGUGGGGAAGUGUCACAGCCCCUGUGUUCUAGUUGAGAAAAUAUGCAGCAGCCCAUCUAUUGUCAGGAAAUUUGAGGCCAUGCUACAAGUAAAUGAAGGAAAGGUUUUGAUGGACGGUGUUUUAGCUUCGGGCGCUGUACCUGCUAACUCUGAAUGUGUUAACAGGGGCAGCUGUCACAAUCGCUGGUCCUGUGAUGCAAGCAAGUUCACAAGCAGCAAGCUGUCCACAUAUGGGACUGUCCAGAAAAGCUUCUCUGAAGUCAACAUAUUGACUGCUGCCAAAGGCUUGCGCUCAGAUUACUGCCCUGGUGUUGGGAGCCGAAAAAGCCCAGAGCUACAAAUACCUCAGAUUGUCAAAGAAUUACCUUUAGAUUUGCUCUUGUCCUCUCUUGAAAUACCGCCUGCUGGCUCCAACCUCCAGGGCUCCAGAAGAAACAUAAUGCUGGAACAGAAAACGGCCGAAUUCAACAGAACUUUGUUUCAGUGUGAGAUGGGCCACGGCGUAGAGAAACAGGACGGUUCUACAGCAUCGGAUGCCUGCCCAGCUGAGACAACACCUCCCAGGGAGACAGCACCUAGGCCACUCCACACUGAUGUCACCACUAGAGUUCUGGAUGUGUAUCCUGACAUCACAUUAUCUCUUCCCCCCUCAAAUUCCACCAUUCGGAACCCCGAGGUCCAGUCAAGACGAAUGAGAUGUGGGGCUGAAGGUCAGGAAGUCGGAAUGAAGCAGGGAAUCCCUUCUGACCCUCCAUCUGGGCAGCAACAGAUUGGACUCAAGGAGACAACACACCGUUGUGAGGUCAAGCACAAAGUUCAAACAGCAGGCAGCACUUCCAGGAAAGCACAACACAGAGCGGCCGCGGAUGCUCCGUUUCCUGAGCCCGUCUUGCCUGCAGACGCCCAGCCUGGUCCGAGGAGGGUGGAUGACGACGGCUCGUGCUCCGAGAAGGGGAAUAAUCCCCGCGGAGCAAAGUGGGCCCGAGUCGGUGUCUCUCACCGGCAGCCGUCUGCUGAGCACAAACAGAGACAGCAGGCAGAGCUCGGCCACGAGUCCGUUCCUCCUCCCCAGUCAGAGUCCGCCAGACCCGGGCCUCGGAUGAUGAUGAUGAUGAUGAAUGAACAUCCCUGGAAGGCACUCACCCUGGCUGCGUACCCGCGGCCCGAGGGCUCAAGAUCCAACUACGGGGCAGUGGAGAGGAUUCUGAAGAAUUACGAGAGUGCAGCCCGGGCUCUCCAGAACCAAAGCCUACCCAACCAGAUGGAUUCCAGUCCCGACGAUUCCAGUGGUGGGCAGGAGGGGAACGUGACGGUGCCGCACAUGCCGGGCAUUGACCCGCUGGCUUUACCUCCCACUCUGAGACAUGCACAGACUUCAAACUCCUCACAGAAGCACAGCACACAUGCGCAGUUCAGCCGCCACAGCGCCGCGGGGGGGAAAGAGGUCCAUCUAACAGUGCAGGGUCAAGAAGACUUCCGAUGGAACACGUGACAAAAUAAGAACCACGUGGCAUCCGUCUCCCCCUUGCUUCAGAAGAACUUCUCCCGGCCGGCCCGUCCAGCCAACCGCCGCCUCCCCACCCGAUGGGCCACGCGCUCCCCGACUCCGUCUUCCUCCACCUCCUCCUCCUCCUCCUCUCCCACUGCCCCUCCUGUUGUGGCUUCAUCCUUCGGCCUCCGGAAACACAGUUCCUCUUUUACCUACUCGCACGCCUUUCACAUCAAAACCGUGAUUAUUUGACCUCCACCUCACCAUGUCACUGAACCGAGGAGAAGCCCUCAGCGCGAGCCUUCCGACACUGAACGUUCCAUUUCAGAACUACUGUACAUACCACACGCAGACUGCUUCUCCACUCCUACAGACUCAGAAGUGCUUUAAUCGCAGGUUCACCCACUUACCUUUUAGAAUGUAUGUGGCAUCCAGCCUUCAGAUCCCUUUCUGACCAAAGAUGCAAGAAAAGGAUCCGAAGCAACUUCACGUAUGCAUCAGUGUGCUCCGGUGAACCUGCCCGAAGAACCAGGCAUCGUGCGUAGCCUCAGAGGACGUUGAAAACACGUCAUCUGUUGAUGGCAACCAUCGGAUUGGAUGUGCGAUGCUCUGGUCUGGAUUCUAGCCUUGAUUAGCGAAGCCUCGCAGAUCCAUCAACAGAACUGCCACUACUGCUUCGGUUCUACGUACUGUAUUUACACCUUUUAAAGUCAUACUCGGUCUUAUUCAAAUGAUCCAAAAUCUUCCAGACAAAAAUACAUCCGGAGUGAUAUGGACUUACCAUAUAUCUCCCAACGUGUUUUCUGGGGCUUUUGCACAAACUAUCAUGUUGCAUACACAAUAUUGAGCACCAUGGAUCCAUGGAUGGAUACAGAGGCAGUGAAGGUGUGUUUCUUUCUGCCUUCUUGAAUGUUUCCUACACUACAUGCCUGUACUGUACCUUAUACCUGUGACUAAAAUACCGGGCUAUUCUUGGCUGGCUUUGCGUUUUUCAUUAGUUACAUAAGAAUGUGAGUUGCUUUUUAUAACUUUGUACCAAAGGCUGGUUUCUUUUUAUGCAUUUUGCUGAUUCUAUAAUGAAAUGCAUUGUUUGUAACGGUAUUGUUUUUUGCUGUCCCGCCCAUUGCAAAAUGUUUUAACACUGUUCACGAGAGCCUGCUUUUGUGCUUAGUAUAAAUAACAAAGCUUAUGAAUAACAGAUUAAAAGGCCUUUUUCUACUUUUACUAAUUCUGAAUGGUCACAUAUCAGGACAUUACUCAGCUGAGUAGUACAGUCAAUUGUUUGGGUCAAAGAAUCAUAUGAUAAAGGUGAUACCGUUUCUGUUCUUUUUGUGUAAUAAACAUAAGGACUUGCAUAUU